AUGAAUUUCGAAGAUUAUUAAUAUCUCUUAAAGAUUGUAUUGAUCGGAGGCAAAGGUUCAAUUAUCAAACAUUCUUAGGUGUUGGCAAGUCCUGUUUCCUGUCUUAAUAUGUCAAAGGCGUAUUCAUUUUAGGAGUAUGAUUUUACAAUAGAACUGGAGCUUGAGAGAAAAUCAAUAGAAUUCGAUGAUGGCAUUGCUGUUCAGAAUCAAUUAUGGGACACAUUAACUAUCAUCAUUUUAAUUAGUCAAGAAGUUCUGAAUUUAUCGUAAUGUAGAAAAACCUUUUGUUAAAAGUAAUCCAUAAUCUUUAAGUAUCUUUAUUUUUAGUGCUGCACCUGACAUCAUUUUUUAUAGUAUAAACAGUCAAUCCUCAUUUAAUUCAUUGCUUAAAUUAUUCGAAAUCCUUGCGAAAGUAUAAUCUGACUAGUUUCAAACUGUUAUCGUUGCAACACAAGAAGAAGAUCAAAAGUCUUAUUUAUUCUUAAAGAGAUUGCCCAUUUAAUAGGAGCCAAAUUUUUUGAAAUCUCCAAUCAUGACAAAGAUUAAAUUGAUGCAAUUUUUGAUUCUCUAUCUUACAAUGUCUUGCAAUUAGUAUAUUCCAAUUAAAUCAAUCCAUUAAAAACUGUAAUCCUAUUUAUUAUAAUAGCAAUAUGGGGUCAAAAUGA